UCAAUCUGAACAUCUAUUUAGUCUAGUAAUAUAUUGAAUAGCCCAAAAUGGUCAGCUUCGCAACACGCGAGGGUAGCCAAGUCCCUUUUAGCCAGGCAUCGGCUGGCUGCGGCGCGUCUUCUGGACUGAAGCCCGACAACUUUCGUUUCUGGUCAGCGCGAGCAGCGCCGCUGGGGAGUGGUGCACCGCUUGCGUCGCUGUCCCAAUCCAUCCUCUCUGGCCUCGGUCGCCCUGGCAAGGAAGGUGGCAGGGCUGAGCCAGCUACCGGCUAUGAAUUUCCGCUGGAGUAUUGCUACCUAAGGACAAAGCAGUGUCCCAGUUUGGCAGGACUGGGGGUGCGGAGCAAGCGCAUUGUUAUCAAAGACAUCAACGUCUACGCGCUGGGCAUCUACGUUGACGCGACGGCCGCUCGCUCCUCCCUGGCCGCCUUCAAGAAGCGGCCCGCGGAGGACUUGGAGCGGGACCAGGCCUUCUACGAUGCGGUGGUGUCCUCCCCCAACGUGGAGAAGACGCUGCGACUGGUGAUCAGCUCACGACUGGUGGAUAACAAGAAGUUCGUUGAGGCGCUUGAGGAGCAGCUGGUGCCGCGACUGAAGAAGGCGGGCGAGCCGGGCGCCAUUGACGCUUUCCGGAACCAGUUCGACCGCAUCAGUUUCUCAGAGGGCAUGGAGGUCGUGUUCAGCAGCACGGAUAACAAGAACCUGGCAGUCAAGGUGGCGGGGGAGCAGAAGGGCGUCAUCUGCUCCCCCGCGCUCUGCUCCUCCCUGUUCGACAUCUACCUGGGGUCAGACCCGGUGUCCAAGGACGCCAAGGCCACCUUCGGACGCAGCCUGGCGGCAGCACUCAAGGAGGACAAGUAGGCGACUUGGAGUGGGAUGUAGGUGGGAGGUAGGAGGUAGGGAGCAGGAGGCAGCAGAUAGGAGGUAGGAGGAAGCAGGGUGUUGGUACUCAGUAGCUAUGCUGUCUAGCUGGCGUUUGGAUGGCUUGAAGAAGUGUAUAUAGUUAGACGGUAACGCGCCAUGCAAUCAAGUGAGACCUUGCAUGCAGCUGCACGCCAAUGUGUGGGCUUACACGGUAAUCUGUGCUGUACUCAUGGUCCCUGAUGGUUGAGGGCGAAAAGUCUGGUAACCUUGCAAGAGCGGCUGUAGUGUUGCGUGGCUUUUGACAUGCCACAUGAUGAGGGGGAGUGCCGUACGUUCCGUUAUCCGUGCCGGAUGCGGCUGUCGAUUGGUCGUGAAGCCAAAGACCUGGACUGCUGUACCAGGCAACAUUGCUGGACCGGACUGACGUGGACUUGUCAAACUGCCGGAGAAAUUGUUGUUGACGUUGGUGCACCCUGAAAACGGAUACGUGUUCUGUUUGGGAUGUCAGUUGGAUGCCGAAGC